CUCAACAUACGUCCAUUUACAGAGUACAGAUCUCAUCGUAAUCACUUUCUUACUUUCGUUCUCCGUGGCCUUGACUGUGCUUAGACUCAAACUACGAUCAACUGCUCACAACAGCCGCAACGUCAAGCUCAGUACCAAAUCUGAGAACAAUCCGCUACUUUGGCUUUUCAUCAUCCAACUAGACCGCCGACUUCAUCCCUUCCAUGACUUCAGGUCUGCUCUCACAUGGCAGAUCCCUACGAUAACCAGGCGGAUGGUGGUUUUCGACGGAGAAGACCACGGCCGAUCACUGACUAUGGCUCCUCCAUAAUACAGUGGAUGAGCAAUCGAAAGCCCGGAUAUAAGGGCAGCUAUCACUACGAGCAGGAAAGGCCCAGUCUAAGCUAUGUCGUCGAUGUCUUAGCACCGCCUGCAAAACGCGAUGUACCAGCCGAGUCAAUACCUGUCCGUCAUCUGCACACCUCACUUGGUAAAUCUAAGAAACCUGUGACGGUCGUGCGAUGGAUGCCGGAAGGUCGUCGUCUUUUAGCGGGUGUUCACAAUGGCGAAUUCAUGUUGUGGAACGGCAUGUCUUUCAACUUUGAGACUGUUACUGCCAUGGGCUCAAGUUCACUGAGAGCAGCCGAAUGGUCAAAUCGAAAAGAUUGGCUUGUCGCGGCUAACGACGAAGGCACGGUCUACUAUCUACAACCAACACUGAAUAAUCCGCACCAAUUUAAAGGCCACGACGCUCCUAUCAGGGACAUCGCGUUCGCGCCUGGCGACACUAAAUUCGUCACCGCUUCUGAUGACAACACUUGCAAAAUAUGGGAUUUCACUUCAUCCACCGAGGAGUCCAUCUUCAAAGACCACGGUUGGGACGUCAAGGCUUGUGAUUGGCACCCCACUAAAGCUCUCAUCGUCUCUGGGAGUAAGGACCACAGUGUACGACUAUGGGAUCCUCGCACAUCGCGCAACCUUACGACCCUUCACGGCCAUAAGAACGCCAUUACAGCCACCGUCUUCAGCCGUCUACGUGACCAACUUCUCGCCACAGCUGGACGGGAUGGCCAAACACGCAUCUUCGAUCUACGCAUGAUGCGUGAUGUGGCCAUUCUACGCGGGCACGAUAAAGGUGUGACCACUUUGUCGUGGCACCCAAUCCACCCCAGCCUGAUUAGCACCGGCGGCGACGAUGGCUCCUUGAAUUCAUUUCUCCUCACCGAACCAAACACGCCACCUGGCGUCUCAUCAACCACGAUAUCACCCUACACCUCAUCCGACCCACGGUCUGCACCACCUCAGUCGAUUUACCCAGCCCACCGGAUCCCGCACGCCCACGAUUCCUCAAUCUGGUCACUCGACUGGCAUCCCCUGGGCCAUAUCCUAGCCUCCGGCUCAAACGACCAUUACACACGAUUCUGGACGCGCGCACAGCCCGGCCAGACGAGCUGCUUCAAGGACAAAUACCAUCUGGGCGAAGAAGGUGCAGAAGCCCAGGGCACUUGGGACCGCAAGUUCGGCAAGCAGCAAGCCAGAGAGCAAGAAGAGCAGGAGGCCGAAGACGAAGCCGAAGGUCUGGAAGAUCAAGCCCCGUCCGGCGCACAAGCUGCCGUGGCGGGCUUCUCUAUUCCAGGCUUGCCCGGCCUGUCGCACAUGGGGACCAACGGCUCGUCCCAGCCAGCCCCAUCUCUGCCUGGCAUCACCAACAUUCCACCACCACCAAUGUCUCUCUUGCCUGGUGUGCCCAACAAUGCAGCUGGAAAUCCCAACGCCAUGCCACAAUUCAACGGCCCUCCCAUCCCAUCGAUUCCAGGUGUAGAUGCGUCCUCCCUGCAACGUCUCCUCGCCAUGUCUCAACAGGCACCACCACCACCGGGCGCCGCACAACCACCCAUUCCAGGCUCUCUACCUGGAUUCCUCAAUGCACCCCCCAUUGACUUCUCACAACUAAACCUGCCUGUUGGCUUCCCUCCGCCGCCGCCGCCAGGCCAACUCCCACCCGGUGGAAGUGCUACGAAUACGCCAACCGCGGCCAAUGGUGCACGUAGACGAGCACCGCUACCGAGUCAAGAUGCCGGGUUCAAAGCGGAGCAGGCCAGAGGCAAUUACCGAGUUGCAAGGUAG